GCUGCUCAUUUUGAUUUCGUUUUGCACCCUAUAAAAUGAAUUAAUUCUCCAGUGUAAACCGCGUCACGCAGGUUGGUUUAUGCAGUACAGUACCAUUCUUCCCUGUCCUUCGUGGUUUAUCACGGAUUGAAAAACUGAGAGUGCUGUAGAGAGGGAUUUAUUUUAUGCCAUUGCAUGCGAGACAUUUGGCAGUUGGUGUUUGGCCGCAAUUGUUUUGUUAAAGGAGAUCGAGGUACUUACAUGAUGGACAGUAAGAAGCUGUACCGAAUCCGUCAGCAUACCGCGCAGAACGCUGUGUGGAUUUUGGCUGUUGCCGUGCAAGCGUUAUUUACGGUCUUGGAGUGGAGCGACUUCUGGCUGCAACCAGGGCCAGCCACCACGCAAAACAGAUUCCUGUGUUUUUUCAUCAACGCGCAAUCAGCGCUGUGCGCGACCAUUUCCCUGUUAUGUUUAACCGCGUUGGCGCUGCACGGCCGACAACUGGUCAGAACGUUGGCCGAGAUGCGGAGCGUCGUGAUUUCCCUGGAGAAAGGUCACUGCGUGGAACGGCAGCUACGAACGGCCUGGAUGGGCCUGCACGUGCUUGUCCUCGGGUUUUUAACGUACGCCCUGGUCCUUCUGCUGCAGCCGUUGGCCAUAAGCCCGGACGAUGCCAAUACCACCAAUUACGCUUUCUUUAAUGUGUCGCCGCAGCAGCGCCAGACACUGCGCCAGACCAUCAGAAUCAGCGCAAUGGCGAUCAUUCAAGGCGCUUACUCCACGGUGACUCUCCUGCUACUUAGAUUUGGCUAUACGGCAAAGUCCUUCAAUCAGCAGUUGCGAGAAUACUCCGCAAACAACCGACACCGCAGCAACAUCCGCCGGAUGGAAACGCUGGACGCCGCCAUGGACCAGUCGUUCGACAGCACGGACGCCAUCGUCGGCUGGCCGGCGGUGACGUUGUUUCUGGUCUGCUUCGUUGCCAUUAUGGAGGGUGUGGCACAUAUUGUGGAGUUUCCCAAUGAGCUCGCUAGUGACAACAUCGCUAGACUACUGGCUUUUCCGCUCUAUUAUGGCUGCCUCGUCAUCUCUACCGUGCUACUGGCGGAAUGGAGUGCGAAGCAGAGAUUUGAAACAAUUAUAAUAUGGAGCCGGAUGAUCACUCAAAAUAAUGAGCAGCCCGUCCAGGAAAGCCGCCAGAAUGGGAAUGGGCAGGUGGGACUGGCAUCGGGCGGAAAAACUGAGCCUAUGGGUCAUCCAAUGCCGGAUACCAUCAGUCGCAAUCGUUUACUCGUGGCGCCGUACGACAGCUUAACCUGCAAAUAUUACACCGCCGCGGAAUUCUUCUUGUUGAACCGUGCCGCAUUGCUGCAGAACGCUGCGUACGUGGUGAUGAUUGCCUCGAUUAAUAUAUGGGCGCGCCGUGAAGUGCCGGCACCGGCCGCUCCUCCUGCUGCUGUCGGAAGCCAGUGAGUAGUGACCGCUUCGCAGCCGAGCACGGGAGGACAUCGUCUCCACAUCGCUUCGUGCCCGCCCUUUUACCGCACCUCUCCACUGCGGGAUUUCGCGGCAGCUGCAAUUAUUCUGCCAACGUACCUAUGAUGCCUUGUAAUUAUACGCUUCUUGUUUGCUGUUGUCCUUUGAAAAUCCUUAUAGGGCAUUUUAAAACUUCCUUACAGCUUGGGAGAUAACGCUUUGGCUUAAUUGUUAAUGCCUCUAAUUAUUGUUAAUUGUUGUGACGGAAUAAUUAUGACGAGUACGCUUGAAGCUGCUACUGUAGCUGUUUAUGGAUCACAAGUGUCACGUACAGCACGCCGUAUAAAUGUCGCACACGAGUACUUAUACAAUAAGAAGAAGAUUUAU